AUGCCUCCUGUAGUGCUGGAUAGCCGUCGCCAAGUUGGUGGUGUGUGUUGGGCCCAGGCGAAGCAUGUCAGUCGAGAUUCCGGUCGCAUCUUUGGGGCGGCAGCGAGCACGACUUGGCUGAAAGGAACAGUCCUUUCAGUUGACAAGCGAAGGGGCAAUGUCAAUGCAAAGCGAGACACUACAUUCAUCAGAGCAUUGUACAAGGUGGGAGAUACUGAGAAGGACGUGGAAAUUGCCAUGCAGAGCUUGAAGGCAGCGGAUCCAACAGCGAAUCCAACACCCGAACCAACCAGCGUGGAAGGCAAUGGCAAUCCCCCUCCAGCUGUUCCACCACCUCCUCCUCCUCCCCCGCCAACCACCAAGAAAUGA